ACCACCGCGGCCGCGAGGCCGGAAGCGCUCGCGAGCUAACGCGCGCUCUCGUUCCGGGUCGUCCACGGAGUUGUCCAAGCCCAGGCCCUGCCGCGCGCCCGCGCUCUCAUUUCGGGUCGUCCACGGAGUUGUCCAAGCCCAGGCCCUGCCGCGCGCCCGCGCUCUCGCGUUCCCGGAUCCCCGGCCCAGCGAGCUUGGCGGCGGCGGCUGGGCGCGCGUGGCCCGGCCGGUCCCCGCCCCCAGACACGCGGGGCUCCCGGGUGUCUCAGCCAUGUGCUCGUUAGCGUCGUGCGCUGUCGGCGGCCGGGGCGCUGUGGAGGAGGCCGAGGACCUGCCAGAACUGUCGGACAGCGGUGACGAGGCCGCCUGGGAGGAUGAGGACGAGGCCGAGCUCCCCCACGACAAGCAGCAGACCCCCUGCCUGUUCUGUGACAGGUUGUUCACAUCAGCCGAAGAGACAUUUUCACACUGUAAGUCUGAGCAUCACUUUAGUAUUGACAGCAUGGUCCAUAAACAUGGACUUGAAUUUUACGGAUACAUUAAACUAAUAAAUUUUAUAAGACUUAAGAACCCUACAGUUGAAUAUAUGAAUUCCAUAUACAACCCAGUGCCUUGGGAAAAAGAAGAGUAUUUGAAGCCAGUAUUGGAAGAUGACCUUUUACUUCAAUUUGAUGUAGAAGAUCUUUAUGAACCAGUGUCAGUCCCAUUCUCAUACCCCAAUGGACUCAGUGACAAUACAUCUGUUGUUGAAAAAUUGAAACAAAUGGAAGCCAGGGCCCUGUCUGCUGAAGCUGCAUUUGCUAGAGCACGUGAGGAUCUGCAGAGAAUGAAACAAUUUGCUCAGGAUUUUGUGAUGAACACAGAUGUCAGAACCUGCUCGUCAUCUACUACCAUUGCAGACCUCCAGGAGGAUGAGGAUGGUGUUUAUUUCAGCUCAUACGGGCAUUAUGGGAUACAUGAAGAAAUGCUAAAGGAUAAAGUACGAACAGAAAGCUACAGAGAUUUUAUAUACCAAAAUACACAUAUCUUCAAAGACAAGGUGGUUUUGGAUGUUGGAUGUGGAACUGGAAUUCUCUCUAUGUUUGCUGCUAAAGCUGGGGCAAAGAAGGUUCUUGGAGUUGAUCAAUCAGAAAUACUGUACCAGGCAAUGGAUAUCAUAAGACUAAACAAACUUGAAGAUACUAUUACACUAAUUAAAGGAAAGAUUGAAGAAGUUCGUCUUCCAGUAGAAAAAGUGGAUGUUAUUAUUUCUGAGUGGAUGGGCUAUUUUCUUCUUUUUGAGUCUAUGUUGGAUUCUGUCCUUUAUGCAAAGAGCAAAUACUUGACAAAAGGAGGAUCAGUCUACCCUGACAUUUGCACGAUCAGCCUGGUAGCAGUGAGUGAUGUGAAUAAACAUGCUGAUAGAAUUGCUUUCUGGGAUGAUGUCUAUGGCUUCAACAUGUCCUGCAUGAAGAAAUCAGUCAUUCCAGAAGCUGUUGUGGAGGUUUUAGAUCCAAAGACUCUUAUCUCAGACCCUUGUGGUAUUAAGCACAUAGAUUGCCAUACAACUUCUAUCUCAGAUUUGGAGUUUGCUUCAGAUUUUACCCUGAAAAUUAUGAAGACAUCCAUUUGCACGGCAGAGUGGACAGUGAGAGAGAGACAGAGAGAAAGGUCUUCCUUUUGCCGUUGGUUCACUCUCCAAUGGCCGCCGCUGCAGCCGGCGCACCGCGCUGAUCCGAUGGCAGGAGCCAGGAUCCAGGCAAUUGCUGGCUACUUUGAUAUCUAUUUUGAAAAGAAUUGCCACAACAAGGUCAUGUUCUCUACGGGUCCCCAGAGUACCAAAACACAUUGGAAACAAACGGUAUUUCUACUGGAAAAACCAUUUUCAGUGAAGGCAGGUGAAGCCUUGAAUGGAAGAAUUACAGUUCACAAGAAUAAGAAAGAUCCACGUUCUCUCAUUGUGACCCUUGCAUUGAAUAAUUCAACUCAGACUUAUAGUCUUCAGUGAAAAAAAAUUGUGAAAAACACAGCUACAUUACAGUUUUUCACAUGGGGAGCGUGUGGGCCAGUGGGUGGGUGCCGGGCUCAGCUGAGGGAGGUGACCAGCUAAUCCUGCUGGGCCACCUCGGUCGUUUAUCCUCAGACGUCUGCUCAGCUAGAUGGAAGCAACCAUAACCUUCACAGUACAUUUAUCAGUAUUGAACAUUUCAGUUGGCCUAUAUUUGGAACAGAUAAAGGCUUUUGUUUUUACUGUUUCUUACUAUAAAUUUUAAUCAGUAAUAAUUGGUUAUUUGGAUGUUUUAUUAAACUAAUAGCACAAGGUAAUGUACAUUUUAUUGCGGAUUUCCUGAGUGCUAGAAUGUCAGAAGACAAUAGAGACGAGCAAGUAUAGGGACUAGAAUACAGACAAGAGCAUCAGCCUUCUCAGCCCAACCAUAUUUGAAGACAGCUUAGUUGCUCACCCCCAUAGCAUUCCUGUACUUCUCAUUUUGUAUUCCUUCCCUCUUUGUGCAUAUGCUUUAGCCAGAUAUUUCUAGUAUGGCCCAGGAAAUCUAAUUUCAAUAUGUGUCCUCAGUUUCAUAAGAAUUUUUAAACGGGAUAAAUGUGUACUUGUUUACUAAUACAUUGCCUUUUUCAAACUAAAUUUAUGUGCAGAGAUAAACAUGUAAGUGUUAAUAUACUCAAUAAAAAUGUUAUUUGCAA